AUGGCAAAUCCAGCGGCCCGAAACGACGGCUCGGCUCCAGCGGCUGAAUGUCGCUUCAGCGCAACCGCAUCUCUCACCAAGCUACGAGGCUUACUUCCAGCUUUUUGGGCUAAACAGGAUGUAAAACUCGAUACGACACCCAUCCCCACAACGACGAUCGGCCGUCGUCGCGCAUCUAGCUUCGCCGCUUCCCUCGAUCGCGAUGAAACGCUCGCUGAGAAGAUCUCCGAGCAGCUGGAUCAUGGAGUGGAGGUACAAGAGACUGAAGAGACGGUCUUGUAUCUAGCGUACGGGUCGAAUUUAGCGACGCAGACAUUCCGCGGGAUGCGCGGGAUCAAACCACUUUCACAGAUCGGUGUCUUUGUUCCUGAGCUGAGACUCACGUUCGAUCUUCCGGGGAUUCCGUAUGCGGAGCCUUGUUUCGCUGGCACACAAUACCGAGAGGAAUCGCAUGAUGGGUGCGUGUCAGACGGUGAAGAGUUAUCGGAGAAGGCUACGUUGAUGGGCGCACAGCAUGAGUCCAGGUAUCACAAGCGUCGAUGGAGCGGGCCGCUCGUUGGCGUGGUUUAUGAAGUUACACUUGCGGACUAUGCGAAGAUCAUCGCGACGGAAGGCGGCGGUCGCGGAUACCGUGAUGGUGUCGUUGAUUGCUAUCCAUUCCCCGAAUCCUAUGAUUCCUCCGACCCGGUUCCCGAUCAUCCAUCCACACCACCGUUCAAAGCGCGCACGCUUCUUUCGCCUGCUGCGGAUGAUGCGAGGCUUCGCUCGCAGAUGAGGAAGGGUGCUGCGGUAGUUGCUAAACCUGCGCUUUCGUGGUGGUAUACUAUCGGUUUGCACUUCCGUCCUGAUCCCGAUUACGCUCAGCCUUCUGCUCGGUACUUGAAUUUGAUUAGGAAUGGGGCUGCGGAGCAUGAUCUUCCCAUUUCUUAUCGGAAGUAUUUGGCGCAGAUUCGGACUUAUCAUAUUGUGACGCGGCGGCAGAAGGCUGGGAAGGUUAUCUUCUUGGUUUUGUGGAUUCCGUGGGUGCUUUUGGUAUUGACCUUGUCGAAGAUCUUUGCUGGACCUGAUGGUCGCAGUCCGCCAUGGUUGGUGGCUAUGGCGAAUAUUUUGUUUUCAUCUAUGUGGAGUAGCUAUGAUUGGUUCUUUGUGAAGGUCUUUGGGAAUGGCGAGAGGACUCUGGGCGAUGUGUUUGCCUAA